UCAUGCUGCUGCCAGGUCCAGGUCUCUCAUGGGUCCCUGUACGGCCUCCCAUUGCUGCUGUCUCCAUCGCCACACUCUGCCAUGUGCCACUUUCAGGUCUCCUCACACACUGCUGGUGUGUUCCAUUUUUUGUCAUAGGGUGCUGGCAGAUUACGGGCCUCCCAUAGCUGCUGCCAGGCCCCUAAUCUGCCAUGGGCCCCUGUACCGCCUCCUCAUGCUGCUGCCAGGUCCAGAGUCUCUCAUGGGUCCCUGUACGGCCUCCCAUUGCUGCUGUCUCCAUCGCCACACUCUGCCAUGUGCCACUUUCAGGUCUCCUCACACACUGCUGGUGUGUUCCAUUUUUUGU